GUUGAAGCUGAGUAAAGUUGAAGUUCCAAAGUGGACUUUCUGCUCUUGCCUAAGUUUUGAGUCCCCCCCGCCCCGCGCCAGAGCUACCCGGGGGACUGAUGUCAACAUCUACUCCGUUUCUUCCGUCCGCCUUGCACAAGCAAUCGAUAUUCUUUAGGACUUGAAUAGCAACAUGACGGCAACAAAAAUCUCACCUGCUCUGAAGCAACUCCUCAACACCAAUGCUCAUCCACCCAGCCUUCAAUCCUCGGCAUUCCAUCAUCAAUUGAAGCGACUACUCGCCGAUUUCCAUCAAACGGCUUCCGAAAAGAAACUCACCUCAGACAGUUGGACGAUUUUUUCAACUGCAGCCCUCGUCUCUCUCAAUCGACCGAGCGCAUUCGAACCAUUCUGGGCAUCAUUGAAGUCAACAACCAGUAGUAACGAGAAGGCAUCAGUUUAUAAUGCAAGCCUGGUCAGGGAGACUGCAUUGAAGUCGAUUUCGUUUAUCGGCAUAGCCAAAUCGAUCAAUGCCUUGAACACAUUCAGAGCAGUGUUAGAAAAAUCUAACUCAGAUCUACUCCCACAACUAGAUCAACAAAAGCCCAGAAGAAUACCCGAUCUGAAUGAGAACUCGAUCGAGAAGAUAUCUCAGCGAGCAUUAGGAACUUGGAAAUCAAUCUAUAGACCAUUAGAUGACAAGUUAAUCUCCAAACUCUCGGCCGCCCAUCCCGACUUACCGGUCCACAUCUUACAUUCACAUUACGGCCCCUUACUCUCUGAUCCUGCGAGCGACCCAGGACCGAUUGGCAGGAUCGGCACUAGUCUGAUCGCCGUAGGCACCCUUCGAGCCGCUGGUAAUCUCGGCCCUCAAUUACUCUCUCAUGUCUACGGUCUCAAGAAAGCUGGCGAAGAGCUCCAACAAGUCGGCGAACCUUCACUGGGCCAAGGUACUCAAUGGUUAACCUCAGAUACAGGCGCCGAAUGGAUCAUCAAUAGCAUCGAUCGCUUGUCUCAGUUGAUUUCAGACUCUGAGGCGCAUCCCACCCCCACUUCAAAAAUUUGAACAGUUCAACAUCAUCCUGGUCAUUUCUUCAUCUCUAUUUCCAUUUCUUGUAUCUCCAAAAAGGACAACUGGCUCAUAGACAGAUGCAAACUUCUCUAUCAUCUUGAACAAUACAAAAAUCAUAUCAAUCAGUUGCUCCAAAAACAUGUUCUUCAUGUUUUAUUCUUGUAUGACCUCUUGAACAGUUCUAAUUAUAGAUUUCGCACUGCCUCGCCAACUCUUGAUCACAAGCCCUCAUUAAAAAUUAACACUGAGACAAAUUUCUAAGACAGCAAAAUAAUCCCUAUACUCUAUCUAUAUAAGAACUAUCUCAUAUUAUACAUCCUCAAUAAUAAUCCAUCCCUUGGUGAAUAAAAAAUGGCAAAC